AAAAAAAAAAAAAUCACCAAAGUCACGUGAAGUGAUUGAUCGGAAAUUAAAAAUUCAACGUUAUGCAAAUAGUAAUUGUGUUGAGUAAGACAAGCCCAAGUCAGAUGGUUAGAUUCACAGUGGUAGGUUGAGUUGUGCGGUGGAAGGUUGAUUUUGUGAGGCUUUAACGUGAAAGUUAAAAAAAAAAGACUUCAAAGAUGUACAUAUUAUAAAUAAAAUCUAAUGAUAAAAGCUCAUUAAUGUCAUCGUUUUUUCUAAAUUAAAUUUCACAAAAUGCCUAAAGUUACCGAAAAUGAUGUUGAGGUAACGCUUGAAACUGGCAAACACAAAGGACGAAUUGUUCAAAUUGUUCGACACAAAAAACCAGCGAAAACGAAACGUUUAGCAAACAAUAAAUUAGAUAAAAACUUUAGACCACCAGAUGGAGGAUGGGGUUGGAUGGUAGCAAUAGCUGCUGGAGUUAGUUUAUUGAGUACUUUUCCAAUUCUUCAGCAAUUUGGUAUUUUAUUCAGGACAAGAUUUACCAAUUUUGGAUUUAGUAGUUCACAAAUAGUGACAUUAAUCAAUGCACAACAAGCUGCAUCAGCUCUUAUAGGAAUUUUCAGCAAUCCACUGUAUCGAACAUUUUCCUACCGCCAAAUUAGCUUCUUGGGAGCUUUUUUAAUUACCCUUGGUCUAGUAGCCACGUUUUUCUCAAAAUCGUACAUUUCCUACUUCUUGUCAAUAACCUUGUUGUAUGGUAAGUCCAUUGAAAAUUUUAACAUUUUUCGAAAUUUCAGCCUCUUUAUUUUGUUUUGUCUUAAAGGUUUUGGAAAAGGAUUCAUAUUUUCUGCAUCCAGCCAAGCAAUCAACUCCUAUUUCGAUACAAAACGCCGAUCAGCAAUGACUUUGAUGAGUACAAUAGCCGGUUUGGGUCCAAUGUUUCUACCAUUUGUUGCAACUUUUCUAAUGGUUCAAUAUGGCGUUACUGGAGCUGUAUUAUUUUAUAUUGGAUUGUCCCUUCACAAUUUUAUCUGUUCAUUCAUCUUUCAACCUGUUCAAAAGCAUGCUAAAAAACUUAAAGGCGAAAGACUUGCAGAGAAUCUUCGAAUUUUACAAAUUGAUAAACCUCCAAUAGUUCCGAAUAAUGGACAGAAUGGUUUAGAAACUUGCGUUACUCAAGACAGUGACAAAACUUAUACGUUGAUAACUUCAAAUAAUGGUUCUUUUCGAGGGCCAAAAAGCUUGGAGACUUCACCAGCAGAAGAAAUAAAAUUUUUACUAAAGCCUCGAGAAGAAUUUAUCAGAGACGAACAGCAAAAUCAGUCAUCUUUAUUUACCAAGAUCGUAGAUUACUUGCAUUUAGAUCUGCUCAAAGAUUUUACAUAUUUCAACUUGGCUCUAGGAUUAACUGUAAUUGAAUUUACAGAAAAUAAUUUUGCAUCAGUCUUGCCAUUUAUUUUGUCCGAGUUUCGUUUUAGUAACUAUGAAAUUGCCACUUGCAUGUCAAUGCUAGGAUCUUGUGAUCAAAUUAUGAAGUUUUUCAUUCCACAUACCGUCGGCAAAUUGAAAUGUGACAAAAGAGUGAUAAUGAUUGUAAGUUGCAUGUUAAUUUGUGCAGCAAGAGUUGUUGUCGGACAGACUAGAAAAGUACCAAUUGCUUUGGUAUGCUUUGCUGUAAUGGGAACUAAUAAAGCUAUAAGAGUUGCAUAUGGAAAUAUGAUUUUGUCAGGUUAUGUUGCACCAAAGAAAUUAUCAGAUGCUAUUGCAUUGGAAAGGACUAUUAUGGGUGUGUUUUCAUUGUGUUCGGCACCCAUAAUUGGUAUGAUUCCUGAUGCUACAAGUUAUGGAUUUUUUGUCUUGAGCAUGAAUGGAAUGUGUGUUAUUGUUGGCAUUUUGUGGUUUGGUGAAGAUCUCGUAAGAUGGUGUAUUCGAAAGUUGAAAAAAUCACCAGCAGAAACAGAAAUUAAAACUGUUGAAAUAUGAAUUUAUUAGUUUUUAAGUAUUUAACUAUGUAUAAUUUAUAUAUAAUAAAUUCUUGACAGAAUUUGUAUUUUUAUUCAGGA